UGUUUGUUUUAUAUGAACUUCUUUCAACGAUGAAAUGUCGGUUAAAUUACUGGAGCAUCUUUUAAUUUCCGGUGGCGUGCUGACAGGGGCCCCGAGGAAUGAUUUUAUACGGCAGAAGGGGCGCAAAAUUUUUGGUUCAUCCGACAUUUUUAAACAACAAAAAAUAGAAAAACGUGAAGCAGUACAACCACGUGGAACUGACCAAACGCCCAUUUUAUGUAAUCGUGUUUUAGUGACGUACAUUUGUGCGUAUAUUAUUUAUCUAGAUUUGUGUAUUAGCAUUAGAGGGAAUAGCCAAUCAUAUUUUUACUUAAACGCGCUACUUACAUACAUUACCAAAUAAUUACGUAAAUAUACUCAAAUUUCAAGUACUUUAUCCGCAAUAACUACACGUAGUUAAAGAAAGCUUUAAAAGCCUGCAAAUACAUUGUACAUAACAGAACACUCACAAAUGGUGUAAAUAACAUCUUUGUUUAUCGAUAAAUAUAAUUCAUAAAAAACGAAAUAGCGUUUUAGUUUAUUAUCCUACUCUUGGACAUAAUAUUGGAAUAUAAUACAACGCUGAAAUCACUGAUUGGAAUCUGAAGACGUCCAAUAGAAACCUUAUUACAAGACUUGAUCAUUUUGAUGUUUUGCAUUAUCUGAAAUGAGCAACAACGAAACGGCGUCUUCGUCUUCAAGUGAUUAUUGUGAUGAAGUAGAUGAUAAUUACCAUCACUGGUUCUUCAUUCCUGCUGUUGCAAUAUUGACAAUAUUAGCAUUUUUAAAUCGUCGCAAGAGCUUUAAAACUAAACUGUUUAAAGGUCGUCCUGGUGUUGUGAUUCCGAUUGAUUUUCUAGACAGAAAUCGUAACACAAUUGUAGCUUUAUUUGGAACAAUAACUGGUUUUAUUGCCUCGCUUAUAUUGAACAUUUUUCAGACUCAAAGCAAUCCUUGGGCUGGAGCAUUUUUGACCAUUGCAAUAUGCAUUGAGGUUGCUUUCCUCUUUUAUCCAAUCUUUGGAUGUUUGGCUUCACAUCAUCGUAUUAUUGGAUCAUUGUUAGGUUUUAGUUACAAUCUGUCCUUCUUCCUUGUGGGAAAUAUUCGCUGCCUGGAAAAUGUUUCUCUUCCUGAUGGUGUAACGUACAUUCCAAUAAUUUUUGCCAACUAUUUAUUCUUGGCAAAUUUUUGAUCGUGUUGUUUAAAGAGAUAAAGAAUUUUGGUCAACUAUGCUGUGAUGAGAGCAAAGAUAAUUCUAUUAAUGUAAAACUUUCAUUACCAUGGUUCAAUGACUAUGUCAAAAAUAUUUUUUAUCCAAGAAAAAACCCAAACCAUUCCAAAGUUUUAUCCUAUUUAAGGAAGAUCUAUGAUCCUCAUAAAGAUUUUAAAUUUUCAACUCACACUCUAUCUGUUUUUAUGGUUUGUUCUAUCAUUUUGUAUCAAGGAACAGUCGGUUUCAUUAUAGUUGUUGCUCAAUCCUUCAACGUUCGUGUGACAAAAAAGUCAUCUUGGGAAGACGUUAUUCGUAGCACUACUGGCGUUCGUGAUUCCUUAAUCGCAGCGUUGAUUCUCACGUCUUUGUUUUGUGCGCUCUCCCUUCUUCGUUUUAUGGAGAACCAUAAAAAUAACAUGCUACGAAUGUUCAAAGGCGAUAAAUCCUUCAUUCCAAAAGGAAUAAAAUCUUCACAGUUUAUGAUUGGAAAAUCUUUACGAUAUCAAAGUUUUCAAAUUGGUUAUUUUCUCUGGGGAUAUCUUUUGAUUUUUCUUGUGUUGUUCCUUAUUUGUGGAUUUUUUUACUGUCUAAAGUUUCCGACCUUGGGAAAAUGGACUUUGAAUCGUUUCAAAACAGCAAGCGUUUUCUUUGCUGUGGGAUUAUUAACUAAACUUACUCUUCCUUUAACUUCUGUGACAAUUUUCCGUGAUCCUGAUUACAAUAAAAAUGUAAUAUCCAUGAACAACAGGAACGCGUAUUUAGUAUUUUCCUAUUUUUGGUUCUUCAUUGGUCUUCCCAUGGGAUUAUUCUCUGCAUUGUCACGUAUUUUUAAAGCGAUGAUAAUUGGGCUUAUCUUGUUACCAAGAGUGGAUCAUAGUGUUUUGCCUGAAGGUUUUCAACGAUUUGAUCCUGGUUAUAUUUCGUACAUCGCCUAUCUUCAUGUUCAAGCUACAUUUAGAAAUCCUAUUUUACGAGUAUUUUGUCAAACAAUUUUUGACAGAAAAAAUGGUAUUUCUCAAUGGAAUUAUUCACCUCAAGCCCGCACCAGGUGGUUCCUCGCCUUAACCUUGACCCGCAAUCCUCAGAUCAUCAGUUAUCGUAAAGAUAAAGAAAAAAUUUCAAAUGAUAAAGGAAGCAUCAGUUCUGGUAUAGAUAAUGCGUUCGGUUUGGAGAAAACCAAUUUAAUUGUUUGAGUUAUGAUUGUUUGUUUCGUUUGUUAUAGUUUUUUCAUAUUUACAUAGUUGAGAAGAUGAAUGAAACUAGAAAUGUAAUUUUCAAUUUAAAGUUCAAAUAUGACAGGUAUUAGAAUGAGGCGAUCGAGGUAUUUUAUUGCACAGAAAGUCCAUUAAAGUAGAAGCAUUUAAAUUAAAAAAAUAGAAAUAAAAACAUUGAAACUGUGAAAGACGAAGAGUGCUGAGUUCCUGACAAGAACAAAAAAAUACACAGUUGUGGGAGUUAUUCGUUAUUUUUGCCAUUUAAAAGAUGAUUGAAGGAAGAUUCAACGGUAAAAGAAACGAAAGGACAAGGAUUGAAAUCUUCAUUCUUUUGAAAGAAGAUAAGUAUGCUGUCGUAUGUUACCAUGAAAAAGUCCAAAAACAGAGUUUUUAUGGUUAUAGUAAAUCACUUCACCUUCUUUUGGUUGAUGGAAUUAUGCAGCAAUUGUCACUGCAAUGGCCGAUUUCUUUGAUAAAUGCCAUGACUUGUUUUCAUUUAAAUUUUAUUGUGUUAGAGUUUCGUAGUUAUGGCAUCAUUCAGCCCUAAGCUCAUUCAAUCAGUCUUAACGCUAUUCAUACGUCAGCAAACUAUGUUUAGUAUUUCUAUGAUAUUGACGUAAUUUGAAAGAAGUAUCAGGUUACACAUUUAUAAGAAAAAAACUAUAAUUUACUUCGUUUUUCUAGCAGUUGCGUCUCUAGCAUUUAAUUACUAACUUGGCUACAAAAAUUGGAAAGACUGCACAAAUUUUAGCACAAAUUGGUCUUUAUUAGUUCUUUGAAUAUACAGGAAAAUGCAAAAUCUGCGAAAAAUAUUCUCUCGUUGGCUUAGUGUAGUGAUCUGGCAUUGAAAUUUUUGAAUUUAAUGUGCGAGCAAAUGAUUAUGUAAACAAAGUAUCGUUGAAGACACUCGUUCAUGUAGUUUAAUUCAGGAUGUAUUUCGCACAUCGCGUAUCUUCAUAUUCAAGCUGCAUUUAGAAAUGCUAUGUACAAGUAUUUUGCCAAACAAUCUUUUACAGAAGUAAAUGUAUAUAUCUACCUAAAAUAUUUUUACAAAGAACAUGAUUAUAAAUGUUCAUUUUACGUUCCAGUGA